AUGAAUGCUGACUUUAAGAACGCCUUCGAAGCUCUUCAUAGUAAGGUGAAACUAGUGAACGACUUCUCAUCUGGAAAGAAACUGAAGUCUGAAGGUUUCGACAACGAGUUAAGAGAAGUAGCACAAAAUAUGACGAAAAUAACAGAUGCAGCAACGAGACAGGCAGUUCAAAGUGCCUAUGACGCCGUUAGAGCAACUGUUGUGGAAAGUCAAGAAAAAGAGUUACAACAGACCAAAACAGACCUAGUAAAUGCUUUCUUAAGAACGAAAAGUCAGGUAGGACAUUAUGCUGCAGAUGGAACAUAUGUGCCAGCUGGUGGAACUUAUAUACCACCAAACCCUCCAAGAGAAGCACCUGCACCAGGACUACCUAGAACAUUUACAUCGUCACAUGGACACAGACACAGGCAUGCACCAAAACCAACACAACAACCACCUCCACAACCAGCACAACAACCACCUCCACAACCAACAGUUCAAAACCCUGCACAAACAGAACAAGGAAACCAAGAAUUCUUAAAAAUGCUGAAGGAAGAGUGUGGUUUCCCAGAUACUGUUGACUUUAGUGACAGAUAUAAAGAAGCUAUUAGAAAGUUCAAGGAUGGAAAUACUGACCCGAACCUAUUUAGCUUUAUGGCUCAGCACCAAAACGGAUAUAAUCUCAAACCUGGAAAAUACAAGCUCGCUAAGGGAUAUGAUUUAAUAGCAUAUCAUCCAAAUGACAUGGAUGAAUUUACUCCGAGAUAUUUGAUGUCAGAGCUAAAUGACAAUUCAACUUUCGUCAUGAAACGCGUAAAAAAUAGAGACGGAACGAAAGAACAAAAGCUUAUGAAUGCGGAUGACGUAGAUAGGGAAAUUGUUAAAAACGGUCUCGGAAUAUAUGAAAUGCCAGCAGAUGAGGUACAAGAAACUCCACAGGAAGAAAUAGUUCAGAUACAACCAGACAUGGAAGAAAUAGUUCAGCAACAACAGCUAGAAGAGCCUGAAGGAAACGAACAA